ACUUCUCUCACUGGAUGAGAAAAGAAAGUUCAAAUGUCAACAAAUCUUAAAAAAAAAAAAAAAAAAAAAAAAAAAAUUAAGUUAAGUGUAAUAUUUUGUAAUUUUGAAUUAUUAAUUAAAUGGUGUUGCAGCAAAUAAAGGUGCUCAUAUUGAGCCUGAUCGGUUUGUUUCGUCGGGCAUUAUGCUGUCUUUCCGGACGAAGAAAGCCCAGCUUUUCGUCGGAACCCAUGACAAAUGUGGUAGUCGAUAGCAAUUACAAGGACUUAUCGCAAACAAAUCGAACUGACUUGCCGCCCGAACGUGAUUGGAAUUCAUGGGAUGAGAAUCCACGAACUGUUCAAGAACACAUAGAACAGUAUCGGCAACGCAUAGCCAAACCGCCAACACCUCAAACAGAAGAACCUGAACCAGAUUACUUUAAGGAAUUGAUUCCGGUUAUUCAGCCCCAACCAAAGUAUUACUUAAAUAAUCAGAAUCAACAGCAAAUAGAUCUUUCACGGUUGGAAGCGAAAUCGGAUGUUCCAAUAACACUAAAUGCUGAUCUAGAAGAUUGGGAAGACGAUGAAGCCGGUGGUUGGGAAGAAAUGGAUACCGAAGAGGCUAAACAGCUUUUGCGUGAAAAACGCCGUGAAAUGCGUAAUAAACGUCAAAAGCUACUUAAAGCACAUGCCACAGAAAUUGCAAUAGAUUUAACACAUAAUGGUCCUCCAAGGGCCAUUAAACUAAAUUCAUAGUAUUCCUACUAAAUAAGAUUUGUUGAGAAUUUGAGGCCAACUAAAAUUGUAAACAUUACGUUAAUAUGUAAUUUGAAAUGCGAAGCUUUCAAGUCUAUAUAAAAUAAACAUUAUUAUGCAAAUGUUAA